AUAUAUAUAUAUAUGUAGAGGAAAUGGAAAAUGGUUAGUGGAAGUUGUUGAAUUUUAGUGUUUUUAAGUGAAAAAAAUGAACCCAGAUGAUCACGAGGAGAAUAAUUGGCUCAACGGCUGGGAACAACAAUGUGUAGAAUCAAUCGAGGAACAACCUGAUUAUGAACAAUCUCUAAAUGCUGAAUCCGAUCAUUCCAGUACAAAAAUAUGGAAUGGUUUUCAAGAAUCAGCCACACAUAUAGCUCAGUUAUAUAGAGAUCGUUAUGCAGGAGAUCCAGGAGCCUUAUGGUUGCAAUUUCAAAUGGCAGCUAGUUCAGUUACUUCACUUUAUAAAGAGUCUUGCGAAAGCCUGAAACGAUCAAGUGAAAUAGCAAAACAACUAGGUUAUCAAAAGAGAAAUGCAGAGCUGUUGAACUGGGUGAAAAGGAAAAGAAGAUUGAUAAGGAGGGAAGACCUAUUAGCUUACCUUUCUGGGAAACCUCCUCCUCCAAGGCAAAACCACUUCCACCAUCAUUCACAUCAUAGGUUAUCUCCCAGACCAAGGAAUAUUUCUCCACCUCCAGGAGUACAACCGCCAGCUUCUUUAGGUUUAGAUACAGAUCUUCAUACUUUUCGUGAGGCUCUUUUUAGAGCACCAUUGAGUAAGAGAACUACCUCAGAUCUAUGCACAUUCAUAGCAGGUGAAAUGGCUCGUCAUUGCAAAAGACCUGCUAGUCCAUCUGAUGUGACUAUGGAUAGUCCCACUCAGCAAAAAAAACCGCGAUUCAUGUGAUGUGGGAAGUUAAGUUUUCCAAGUGGUGAUUAGCCAAUAAGAAUUUUCAUGUAUAUAAAGCGAUACAAAGUCUAUAUACCUGUACGAUACUGAAGAAUCAGAUAAGGAGUCAAGAUACUACAGCUGGUAUUUGAUUAUUCAUGGUACAUGAAUAUUUUAUCGUGCUUUAUAUUUUAAUUUACAUUAUUAAAUAAUUAUUAUACCAGCUCAUUGCAGUUGAAAUAUUUUUUGAGGCAAUUGUAUAUUAUUUUUUUUGUUUUUUGGAUGGAAAUCUUAGUUUUGUCUCAGGUAUAUUUCGUUAUUUAUUAAAACUGAAACUGAAAAAUUAUUAUGAAAAAACGAGACUUUUAUUUGGUCUUCGAUAAUAAAUUGAGUUUAGAUCAAGUAAAAA